AUGGCCUUUCAAGUCCCGAUCUCCGGACCGAAUGUGGCCGCGGUGACGUCGGAACUCUGGCCUUCUAUGUCCAGUGUCUUGACUGCUCCUUUCAGACAGACUAGCCGAGUCCCGACGGCUGGGACUCGAGAGACCGGGCAAAGGAGCCCUAGAGCAGAAGAGAAUACGGUGUCCCGGCAGCGCCUGUCUCUUCCGGAAUGCCUUGACACUGUGUCCUUGGAGGCCCUGAGGGCCGGCCUGGUGAACAGGACUGCGUCGCGUGGCUUUUCGCCAGUGUUGAAUGGAAAUAACCUGUUGUGGACUUCCUCCUCUCUCGGUUCAGCGAGUGGGCUUGCUUCCUCGACGGCACGAUCCUUUUCAACCUUGACUCCUUUCCACCUCCACUCUCUUCGUCCUGCGUCAAAGGUCAACGGCCUGUCUAGACUUCAACAACAACGAUUUAUCUUUGGUGGACCGUCCCAGAAUCUACUAGCCCAGAAAGAGAAGACUGCGAACAACAAUCCGAAUAGCGCCAAUGCACAGAAUACGUUCUAUCAGGCUCUCCUGCGCGCGAACAUGCCAGCGAUUGUCGUCGAAAGAUAUCGCAGUGCUCAAUUUGCGAGUAAUGCGGCAUCCGAGGCGAUAUAUGCGAAGGCGUUGGAACGCGUUGGUGGCACCGAAUCCGGCGCUAUCGGAGGGCACCAGAAUCUCAACCAGGACCAGCUGCAGGCAAUCGGCCAAGCAGUUGCUGCGCGGUCUCACGGUGGCCAGAUUGGCAUGGCAAACAAGCCCAAUGGGACCGGUGCCAAGGAGGCUCCUUUGUAUGUAGUAGUCGAGGAGUCUCUGGGUAACACUGUCUUCCGCUGGGUCAAAUUUUUGCUGAUCUUUGGCUUCUUCACAUAUCUGUCCCUUGUCCUGAUCACUAUUCUCGUUGAAACCACCGGUGUUUUGAAGAAUAUCCGCGGUCAACAGAACAAUGAAGCCCAGCCCGAGAAACAAACUGUCCGUUUCAGCGACGUUCAUGGCUGUGACGAGGCCAAGGAUGAACUGCAGGAGCUGGUCGAGUUUCUUCUGAAUCCCGAGCGCUUCUCAUCCCUGGGUGGAAAGCUCCCCAAGGGUGUGCUUCUGGUUGGUCCUCCUGGUACUGGUAAAACUCUUUUGGCUCGGGCUGUGGCUGGUGAAGCCGGUGUCCCGUUCUUCUAUAUGUCUGGCUCUGAAUUUGAUGAGGUCUACGUGGGUGUUGGCGCUAAGCGUGUUCGUGAUCUCUUCAGCCAAGCCCGUGGCAAGUCCCCUGCGAUUAUCUUCAUCGACGAAUUGGAUGCCAUAGGUGCGAAGAGAAACGAGCGCGAUGCGGCUUACGUGAAACAGACGCUGAACCAGCUUCUGACCGAGCUUGAUGGCUUCUCUCAGACUAGCGGUGUCAUCAUCAUCGGCGCUACCAACUACCCGCAGCUGCUGGACAAGGCAUUGACCCGUCCUGGUCGGUUUGACCGCAAGGUUGUCGUCGGUCUGCCAGAUGUUCGUGGUCGCAUGGAUAUUCUGCGACACCACAUGAAGGACGUUCAGAUUAGCACUGAUGUUGACGUUGGUGUGAUUGCUCGCGGAACCCCGGGCUUCUCAGGUGCUGAUCUGGAGAACCUGGUCAACCAAGCUGCGAUCCAUGCUAGUCGCGACCGCAAGCUUAAAGUCGGACCUCUAGACUUUGACUGGGCCAAGGACAAGAUCAUGAUGGGCGCUGAGGCUCGCAGCCGUAUCAUUCAGGAUAAGGAUAAGCUUCUAACUGCUUAUCACGAAGCUGGCCACGCCUUGGUUGCUUACUUUUCCCCCUCCGCUACCCCUCUGUACAAGAUCACCAUCGUUCCCCGCGGCAUGGCUUUGGGUAUUACUCACUUCUUGCCCGAGAUGGAUACUGUCUCACGGAACUAUACCGAAUACCUGUCCGACAUUGAUGUUUCCAUGGGCGGCAAGGCCGCAGAAGAGCUCAUCUUCGGACCGGACAAUGUUACCAGCGGUAUUUCAGCUGAUAUCCAACAAGCAACUGAGACUGCCUUUACCCUGAUCACUCGUUUCGGUUACUCAAAGAAGUUGGGCAAUGUCGAUCUCUCGACCAACUAUGACAGCCUGUCCUCGGAGACGAAACAGGAGAUUGAAGGCGAAGUGCGCCGGCUCGUCGAAGAAGCCCGCGCCCGCGCUGAAAAGAUCUUAACAGAGAAGCGGAACGAAUUGGAGAUUCUGACGAAGGCUUUGAUCGAGUAUGAAACCUUGACCAAGGAGGAGAUGGAGAAGGUCCUGCGCGGCGAGAAGCUCGACAAGAUGUCAUCCUCACCCAGCGCCCCGCUCAAGCUCCCUGACGCGCUGCAGGCGGCUAACUUGAAGCCAUCGACCGCGACAGAGGGUCCGCCUACUGUCGCGGAAUAA